AUGAAGAAGUCAGGAACCAAGCAGCCCGUGAGGCUGUAUGUGCGGGGGAUUGUGCUCGGAUAUAAAAGAUCCAAGAUCAACCAGUAUCCGUCAUGCUCUCUCCUGCAGUUGGAGGGCGUCAAUGACCGCAAAGACACCCAGUUCUACCUUGGCAAGCGCGUCGCGUACGUCUAUAGAGCCAAGACGGAGAAGCAGGGCUCCAAGUACCGAGUCAUUUGGGGACGCAUCCGCCGCCCGCACGGUAACACUGGCGUAGUGCGCGCGAAGUUCACCAGUAACCUGCCUCCGACCGCCAUCGCUGGCCGCGUGCGUGUGUUCCUGUAUCCCUCCAACAUUUGA